UUGGUUUUGGGAGAAUCUCAAGCUGGUAGUAGUUGUACAGACAGCGGGAAAAAGGCAGAAAAGCCAAAAACUAUUUUCCAGAGAAGUGGUGGGAAGGAUGUGUGAAUGCGAGGAAAGAAUCCAAAAAACAAAUGAUAGCAAAGACUUCUGACCAGUUCAUUCAUCUACUCUCUCCAGACUUUUCUCCUUCACCUCUUCGACAACUCAACAUACUUAUUAUAAUAUUAUAAGCAUUUAAAACCAAGUAAAAUAUACACGCAUGGACAUGGACAUGGUGGAAGAAGGAACUUUCCACGGCGGACCCUCCACCAACCCCCAACCAAUUCCCCAUCAUAUCAUAUACCCAGAUAUCUUGCUUCUCUGAGUUUCAAAGCCACAAACCAGUUCUUUCCUCUGAUCCCUCUCUCUCUCUCUCUCUCUCUGGAUCUUCGCCAUGGCGCUGAUCUUGUUCAUCUUCGUAUCGUCGUCGCUGUUGUUGUCUGGGUGCAGGGCCCAGAGCUGCAACACGGAGACGUUCUCGGAGAACCGGAACUACGCGCUGUGCAGCCCGCUGUCGGAGCUGGGCGCGACGCUGCACUGGACGUACCACGCGGCGAACGGGACGGCGGACGUGGCCUACCGCGUGCAGCAGGACGCGAACGGGUGGGCGGCGUGGGCGAUCAACCCGACCGCGACCGGCAUGAUCGGGGCCAACGCGCUGCUCGCCUUCCACGACGCCUCCACGUCCGCCGUCAGGGUGAUCACGACGGUGAUCAACGACACGAGCUACAACCCCACCAUCCGCGACGAGAACCUCACCUUCCCGGUGCACAGCCGGGCCGCCGAGUACGCCGCCGGCGCCUACACCAUCUACGCCACCGUCGGCCUGCCGAACAACUCCACCACGCAGAGCACCGUCUGGCAGGCCGGGGACGGGUUCCAGAACGGCCUGCCGUACGGCCACCCCCAGACCAUCCAGCAUACUACUUCGUUCUCCAGUCUGAAUUUCCUGUCGGGGCAGGCGGCCGCCGAGGGAGCCGGCGGUGCCGCGGCGUCCCGGCUGCACCGCAAGAAUAUCCAUGGAGUAUUGAAUGCUGUGAGUUGGGGUCUCCUCUUUCCCCUCGGAGUGAUCAUAGCGAGAUAUAUGAGGGUAUUCAAGUCACUCGAUCCGGCUUGGUUCUACCUCCAUAUUGCUUGCCAAUGCUCUGGUUACAUUCUCGGGGUAGCUGGAUGGGGCCUCGGCCUUAAGCUCGGGAGCGAGUCGAAAGGGAUUGUGUAUCACCGCCACCGCGACAUCGGAAUCACCCUAUUCUGCUUAGCCACACUUCAGGUCUUUGCAUUGCUUCUAAGGCCAAACAAGGAUCACAAAUAUCGCAUAGUAUGGAAUAUCUACCACUGGACGAUCGGAUACAUGGUCAUCAUAUUAAGCGUCGUGAACAUCUUCAAGGGCUUCAACAUACUGAACCCUGCCAACAAAUGGAAGCACGCGUACAUCGCAGUGCUCGUUACUCUGGCGUGCAUCGCCGCUGUUCUUGAGAUCUUCACAUGGGCAGUAGUUCUGAACAGGAAGAGGAAGACGAGAUCCGACGAUAAGUCCCACAAUUCUGAUACUAAUGGUUCUAAUGGAUAUGGGGUUAGGCCACACCAGGGAGUGUAAACAGAGCCAUACUCUGUUUGUGCUAUGCAGUGUUGUGUAUAUUUGAGAUGUCUCUUUGGAGUUUGGACUCGGAUAGUGUAGUAGCUUAAUUUGUUUUUUCUACAUAUUGUUUUUCUUCCUCCAUCUCUUGGAGAUUUUUUUUUUACCCCCCUCUUUUUUGGUUUUAUGUAUGAUGUUUCAUCCAUGUAGUUUACCCUUUUACAGAGCUUGUUAUUUAUACAGUUUUUUAUUUAAUUUAGACUACACAUUUGUUUA